CGGGUUUGAAUGAUUACAAACAACGGGGAAGUUUUAGUCUGCUGGGCAUUUCCAAACACUAAGCUGUUGCUCAUGUGCCACGUUUUCGGGAACCAUAGUUUUGGGGUUAAUGAUACGCAAUAAAAGUCAAAUAAAGGAGAUAACGGAUAGCGAAAUGGUAACAACCACUGCUUAAACGCAACAUAAGAAAUAACUGCAGUGGUGUAGGAGAUUCCAAAAUGGCCGACCUAGUAAGCUCGAGUAAAUACAGAGAAACCGCUGAUAUGUAUUCGGAAUUUGGUCCGAACAUUAACGAAGACAUUAUGGAAGAACCCGGAUUUGAAAGUAACGAAGGAGCCCCUCCACCCAUACCCAAACGGAAUCAAAGGGUCAAGUUUGACGGCGAGCCCUUAGCUAGGAAAGCAAGCAUCGAGUCUACCCAUUCAAAAGUACGAGGCAGAGUAAAAUGGAAAGACGACAGCAAUGACUUCCGCCAAUAUCUUCUCUCCAACGGAUUGAACGAAACUACCGUUCAGACUCUACUGGACGAGGAAAUCGAGGAUCUACAGACCUUAAGAAUACUUAGCGAAGACGACAUCGAGAAAUUGAAUCUUAAAACAGGACAAAAGGCGAAAAUACGGAGUCUUGGAAGAAAGCAACAAAAUGGCGUAGAGAGUAAGCGUUUUGACAGCCGAAAACCGACGAGAGGCAAGGGGCUGCCAUCGCUCCGAAAGGAUGACGAGGAACCUCGUUUUGUGAGAUGUUCACCGGAAGUAAAUGGUCUUGACACAACACCUUCCAUUAAAACUGUCAAGCGAGCGGCAGUCACUAAGAAUUUUACCGGUAUCUUACAUGUAUCCCCGUCUUCUUCUUCCGAAUCAGAGGGGGAGGAGGAGGGGCAUGUUCACAUGAAGAGGGACACGUUCCGCGGGGGAAGCGUGAAACUGGCCGGUAAGGGGGAGAGGGACGUUGACCUCACCUACAACCUUCUACAGACGGAGGAUAAGGGAAAAGUGGUAAUGAAACUGUCCACCAAACAAGACAUUGAUGUACAUUGUGUCAAAGCGAGGAUCCUGAUUUUGGUGGACAUAAGCGGCAGCAUGGGGAUUAAAUACGACAGGAGACGCAAACACAGCAAACUGUCACGAAUGAAGAAGUUCGCCAUAGAGUUGGUGGAUUCGCUGGACGAUGGAGACUUUGCGUCGGUUGUCACUUUUGGCGAGAAAACAAACGUUCUGGUGCCGCUCCAAGAAAUCAAUUCUAAAACAAGGAGUGAAUUGAAGACGAAAUUGGAGACUUUGGACAAAACUUACCUUUCAACUAAAACCAAUCUGAGCGCUGGAAUCUCACGGGCCAUCGACAUAUUCAGCGAAAACGCCACAGGACCUGAAGAUCUUCUAACGUACAGGAAUUCUAUCAUUGUUUUUUCUGACGGUGAAAUAAACGAAGGCACAAAGGAGCCGAACAAACUCAUCCAUGAAGUCAGAGAAAAAAUCCGACGGAACGCAUUCGAUUUGGACGACUCGCAAAACCAAUGGGUUAGCAUCUCCACAAUUGCUACAGGAAAUGACGUAUCGGAAGCAAUGUACCUACUGUCAAAAUGUUGCAGCAGCGAUGCGUUUUAUCAUCUGGAUGUGCAGAAGUCCGAGGAAAACGACCCCGAUCUUUUUCUCCCUGUCAUGUUGCGAAAAACGGCAGUUGCUUGGAAUGUGUCCGUUGUCGUGGAAGCUGUUAAUGGCGCUGUUAUUUUAAACAAUGAAACUUCACAAGACAACAAGGUUCGCUUACGCGGAAGUAGGAGAGGGAAGGAGAAAAUGGAGAAGGCCUUCUUUUAUUACGACAUCCCAGCUGCGUCCACGAAGCAUAUUGGGGUAGCAUUAGAUCUGAGCAAUGUUGACAGUGAUGCAAACACAGUUGUUUUGAAAGUUAAAGUCGAAUAUACAAAAGCAGUGGGCAUGAGAAUGAAAUAUUUCGUAGAAAUUGCAAGAGGCGAGUUUUCAGACCAAACCGGCCGAAAAUCUGAAGCCAUCAAAGCAAACCUGAUGCACGAUGCAAGACUUAUUUCACAGAAUGUUCUUCACAUAGCAGCUGAGCAUGUAAAAACAGGAAACAUCGAAGCAUCAGCGAAUCAGAUCAAACAAGGACAAAGCGAGCUACAAGCCUUAAUGGACAAAUACGGGGCCAUGGCAGCCGCGGAGCCAGAGUCUGAGGCCCCUAGAGGCCGCCACUGUAUCGCCGCCGCGGAUACUCUGAUGAGGAGCGUUCGCGAUAUGUUGCAGGACGUGACGGUAGAAAGGGAGACCGAGAAAAAGGAGACCUACGCCGAUAGCAUCAUGAACACCAUGCAGUCUUUGCUGACAGAACUCGAAGGAAGCAAAUCAACACAAGACUUACAUGAACCAGACGGCAAAAACUGGGCGAGGAUUAAAGCUGUCUCAUCCGCCAUUUCUCGCGAGGCACCAACCAUUUCCAGUGACGUGAACACAGAUGUUUACGCUCCACUUCCGAACAUUCGUCGGAUUUCCGGCAAUCUGCAACACCAAAUGGUUAACCUUCAGAAGAAGCGAGAAGCGCGUAAAUCUGCCAUUCCAAGUAUUUUCGAAUGAGUACUUGUUCGCUAUCGGUGACCAACUGUUGAUUUUUUUUAAUUUUGUAUACAAAAUUGUUGUCUCCAGCUUUAUUUAUCCUAAACUUGCAGUUACAGUAUUUUUACCUAUGAUUUUUACGCGCGAUGUUAUUUUGUUUUUGUAAUUUUUUAAAGUAUUUAAACUGGCAUACAUAAAAACAUGUUUGAUUGUAUAUAUCAUUAUCUAUUUCUAAAAUUAAAAUGCCUCUUUGCCUGGA